AUGGGCUUCAAGCUCUCGUACCUGUACGCCCGCCCGGACGUCAACCCGGUCACGCUCAAGGCCCGGUCAAUACCACUUCUCAAUCCGGUCGACAUUUAUGGGCGCGUCUUCUUCUUCUCCUGGUUCGGGUUUAUGAUUGCCUUCUGGGCAUGGUACACCUUCCCACCUCUGGUGGCCAACUCCAACAUUGUCUCCCUUUGUGCGACCCUGCUGGUUCGCCUUGUCGCUGGCCCGCUCUGCGACAAAUUCGGCCCUCGCAACGUCUUUGGAGGUUUGCUCCUCGCCGGCUCCAUCCCGCUCGGCCUUGCUCCGCUGGUCCACAACGCUCGGGGCCUCUACGUGAGCCGGUUCUUCAUUGGCAUCCUUGGGGGCUCCUUCGUCCCUUGCCAGGUCUGGUCAACUGGUUUCUUCGACAAGAAUGUCAUCGGCACCGCCAAUGCCCUCACGGGCGGCUUGGGCAACGCCGGCGGCGGCAUCACCUAUUUUAUCAUGCCGGCCGUCUACGACGCCCUCGCCGGGGCCGGCUACCUCCCCGGCCAGGCGUGGCGACUCACCUUUCUCGUGCCCCUUUCCAUGGUCAUCACCACGGGCAUCGCCCUCAUCCUCCUCUGCCCGGACACGCCGACGGGCAGGUGGAGAGACCGCCACCUCCACGGUCAGCGAGAUGGUCCCCUCGAUCUCGACAAAGCCAACAGCAUCGUGGACGUCCCGGGCCGGAUCACCGACCGCCCGGACCCAAGCGACACCUUUGAAAAAUCUCCCGCCGUCGCUGUUGCCAUCACGAUUCCGAUCGCCGGCGUCGAACCACCCAACACCAACAACAACAACAACAACAACAACAACCAGCCGGCAACCGAGACGGUCCAGCCGCCGACGGCACGGGAGCUGGUGCGGGUGGCGUUGUCGCCGCAGGCGGCGUUCCACGCGCUCACGUACUCGUGCUCGUUCGGGACGGAGCUGGCCGUCAACGGGGUGCUGGCGGCAUACUACGCGGAGCGGUUCCCACGGCUGUCGCAGACGGAGGCGGCCGGCUGGGCAGCCGCGUUCGGGUUCCUCAAUGUCGCCAGCCGGCCGCUGGGCGGCGCCAUCAGCGACCUGCUGUACCGGCGCUUCUCUUCGCCUCCUUCGGCGUUGUGGUGGAAAAAGGGGUGGGUGGUCGCCUGCGGGGUCAUGGCGGGGGCGCUGCUGAUCCUGAUCGGGGCGCUGAACCCGGGACGGGAGGGCGCCAUGUUCGGACUGGUCGCCAUCAUGGCGCUCUUCGCGGAAGCCGGUAACGGGGCCAACUUCAGCCUGGUGCCGCACGUGCACCCGCAGGCCAACGGUGUGCUGUCCGGGCUUACCGGGGCGGCCGGCAACCUCGGGGGCGUGCUGUUUGCCGUUGUGUUCCGCUGCAUGGACGGGGGCACCAACUACGCCAAGGGAUUCUGGAUCAUCGGGGUCGUGAACCUGGGCGUGAACCUGGGCGUGUGCUGGAUCCCCCCGCUGCCCAAGGGGCAGGUAGGCGGACGGUGA